AUGGCCUCCCCCAUGGGCGAUUUCGGGAUUCUCCCGGUCGAGAUUCGCCUCCUGAUCUGGGAAAACCUGCUAUCAGACGGGGCACCCGCAUUCCUCCAAACAUGCCGAGGAAUAUACGAAGACAUCGCCGACCGUCUAUACUCCACGUUCGAUAUAGACAUGUCGUCUCGAUACGAGGACCCAUGGCUGACCUUCCGGUGUCGACGACUACGCCUGUCAUGGGAUCUGAGGCAGCCCGAGGGGCGAAAGAAAUGGAAACGGUUCUGGAUGCUCUCAUACGAGAAGAUCAAGCUUUUCGUGAACAUCUACGCGCCAGACCCCAAGGAGCCAGGCGAGAUUAUUCUGCUUUGGCAGAAAGCACAGUCCCUCGUUGACAUCCUGAACCGUGCGAAGCAUCGCCGACCCCAGGUCAACAUUCGUUUGCAUGAUCGUGACGAGCAGAAAUGGGAAGCAGAUGGGAUCAUGACUGAGAGUAUUACAUACCCAGGUCAUCCGCUCCCUGAUUUCAUCAUAGCUUUUCUCCCGUUUUGCCGUCUGACCCGGGUCGAAACUUGCAAAGUUACCUCCAGCUCGCGCGCACUGCGCAAAUCCCCUGGCUGGGACUUUCUCCGAUACGGCGGUAACUUUAUCGCCAACAACGGGUGCCUUGAAGGGAACGGUUGCCCUCUCAGCAGCAACCCUAAAUAUAGGGAAAUCACGCGUCUGUUCGAUUCCUUACCUACUUGGAUUGCAGACACGGAUUUCUUUCUCGAAACCAGCAUGGACGGCCUCCCGGGCAACACAGCUGCUCUCCUUCGUCGUGACCGGUUCGCCCACUGGUACCAAACCUCCGAUAGACUGCUGUAUGACUCGCCUUACCAGCGAAAGACCAUGCACACUAUCGAGCAAUACCCUGCUACUAUCGCAGUGCAUGACCCGAGACUGAGCAAACUGUCGCUCAGAUACAAGACGCUGAAGAGUCUGCAUUACGUCGUGGCAACGUUCCGCGACCCGUACUUCUUCUGCGCUGUGCAGUGCGAUGCGCGUAAAUGGUAUAAAUAUUUCUAUUAUGGCAUUUAUGAGUUCACACAGGCGCGUGUCCAGGAGGAGGAGGCGUGUCGGGACAGACUCGGUAUGCAGGAGCCGGUGCCGCGGGACUUUGGGUUCCAGAACAUGAUUGAGGAAGUCUCGGGCACGACUGGGCAGAAUGCGUGGGCGUUGGAGAGUCGGGCGAAGGAGCGAUGUUGGUUUUCAAUGUUUGAGAGGUUGGACGAGGAUGCUGACGAGGCGGCCGUUUGA